AUGCAGAGCGCUCACGCGACAGCGUCUCAGCUUACCGCCUCGCAGCCGUCUUGCGAGACGUUUGGAUCGCACUCCACCUUGCAGGGGAGCACUGAAUUGCAGCAGCAGCAGUCCCCGUCAUCGAAGAGGGGGCCGGUGGGCAGCAGCACCGAUAGCCCCACGUGCACGGUAUCAGCGAGUGACGAUAAUGCUCUUGGCUACGCCUUGAGUGACGGGUGCUAUGUGCCCCUCUGGGAAGAGGUAGAGUCGAUACCAUCGCUGCGGCCGCUUCCUCAGCCUCUCGUCGUUUCGCGUGACACAGAGUCGCCCACCGGCUCACGCAGCGAUUCGAACGACAAAGUUAGCCUCUUGUCGUCGUCAACUGCUGCCGACCGGAGGCUCUUCUCGUCACAGCGGCAAGGGCCUGGCUGUGGCGCUGAUCGUCAUCGGCGUCAUUCGCAGGCGUUGGAAACUCCGAAGGGUGAUGCAGAUCUCCAGCCAUGGAAGAUAACGUCUAGAACGACGCAGCUCCAGAAGCUGAGCGACAGCAGCAGCAGCAGCAGCAAGACCUGGGAAACUGAGGCGUCUCGCAAGAACAGCGGCGUUACGGCACCCCCGCGGUUGUCGCGCUUGGAAGGAAGCGGACGUGUUUCGCCGCGCCCUAGGGAGGCAAGCUCGAUUCCUCCGGCGGCAUCGGCACGCCAGCCGACCGGUGGGCGGCUUGAACCUCUGGGGCGUGCCGUCAGCUGCGACUCCGCUCCGGCAGCGCUGGCAUCGUCGUACCCGCUACGAGUGGGAACGAGUACGAUGUUUGACACCACUUCCUCAGACGGAAAACUGAUUACACCUGCGGCAUCGGCGGCGACAUACUUCCGCGACACCUGCAGUACCGAAAGCGGCGCUGGCACAGCGUCCUUCUUCCUGCGCGAACCAGUGCUCGCGAAGUCAUCCUCGUCGAGUGUUGGGCAACGCGUCGCCAGCGGUGGGUCUCCCCGUGCCGCGUGGCCUCUAUCGUGGAGGGGCACGCCCGGUGAUUGCGGACGCCCCAUCGGCGGCGCUCCACACGCGAAUAGGGCGCUGAGGAGUGGCGACCCCAUGACGCAGGUAUGUCAGCCUUCUUCGGCAACCCGUCAAAGUUCUUCUUCCGUAGCAAGCGAUGGAGGCUUGCUGUCUCCGAUGCGAGUCUCACCGCAAGGGUCUGGCAUGCCGGCUGCUGGUGCUGCUCACCACGCUACAAGCAGCAGAGGCAGCGAAGUCUUCUCGAUUCACACGCUUGUGUCGCGCAUCAAGAACGUCGACAAUUUCGACUACGGCUUGCAGGCGCUCGGCUUUCCUGUCGAGGACUGCCGGCGCGUCUCGAAGGCGUCCGCAGGGAUGCGAGGGGAGCGUAGCAGCGGCGACUUCGGCAGCUUUCUUAUGGUGGCGUCUAACAGGUCUGGCGUCAAAUAUCAGGGCGGCCACAGCCCUCGCAGCCCCGCUGCCAAGACCGGUUCCACCGCCAGAGGCGGCGGCAGCUUUGCCGGCGCAUCGUCACUCCCGCCGCUCACACGCAGACAAUCUAAGCUGCCGCUGACCUCGUCCGGCGUGCGUGACGCCUUCCCUUCAUCAUUUUUUGGCCCCUCUGGUGUGCCGCCUCGCUCGAGCAAGAGCGCUAGCGCGACAGCUUCGUCCUCAACUGCGCAGACCUCCACGUCGACCAGCUUGUCGAAGACCCUCUCGAGAACGAUGGUCCCGAUGACCAUUGGGGAUGAGCGGCCGGUGUCAACCGGUGACGGUCUCUUGCCGCCUGCCGCGCCUGGUGCACUUCGAGCUUCUGCUGGCGCGGCGGCAGCGCGUCCGCAGCUAGGAGGCGCCAACGAGCCAAGCUUCACUACUAGCGUUGCCCCCGCAGCAGUGGUUGCGACUCCACCGAGUGCGUCGCGCAGUGGCAUUGACAGCAGUGGCACUCUCGUGUCAGCAUCUUUUCGCUCCAUCGUCCUGCACCCGCGUCGGCUGCCAUACAAACUUGACGUCGUGUACGGAGAUCUCGCGGACAGCUCUAGUAACCUCACCGGCAAUAACUCACCACGCAGAAGCGCUGCACAUGGCAGCUCUUCCAACGGCCCGGUGGCCGGUUGCGGUGGAGGUGGUGCCACCGGGUUCCGCUCUACAGCGAGGUCGUGGAGUGCGACGGAUCAGUCUGAGAGGGGCGACGAUGGAGGCACGCUCGCUGUUGUCGAGGGUGAGGAGAGCGACUCGCUGUCUGCAGCGCACUGGAUGCCCGGCUCGCUCGUGUGGCGCUUUGGUGAGGACAAUUUUCAGGACUAUGAGGCACUUGUGUCGCUGGCGGUGUCGCCGAGCAGCAGCAGCAGCAGCCCCAGCGACGGCAGCUCCUCCUUUGGUGAGUCGAACCUGGGUCUUACCCUCGAGGCGGGUACGGCCACGCCACGGCAACUGCGACGCCAACGUGACGACCUCGGUGGUGACGGGAGUUUCACCCUCGAAGCACCGGCUGAUGGUGGGGUGCCACUAGCAAAGGAAACGGGCAGGUGCAGUGGGCGAGACUGCGUCUGGGCAAGCGGCGAUUAUGGUAGCAGUCUGGAGGAGCGCCGCCUGCCACGUCGCUCCCGCGACACCUUCCUCCCCUUCGAAGACGGCAGCGCCAACUGCUCGCGCGGCUUCACCAGCUUCGCGCUGUCUUCGUUUCUGCGGGAUGCGAGGCCCACCAGCCUCAAGGGAAUGGUCUGGGACUCCUUCUCCUCCGUGGCGCCGUCAAGCCCUGUCAACUCGUCUGCUCAGGACACCUCUUCGCCGCCGUCGACGUCGGGCAAGACGGCCGUGAUGGCGUGCGAGAACGGCCGGACGGGUGGCCUCUCGCACCCUUCGCUCUUCCAGGGCAUGAGUAGCACAACCGCCGGAACGCAAGCGGUGCCGCUCGCCAUUGUCUCCGCUACCAGUAUUGCUGCCCACACCUCCACAGAUCCCCUUGAGGUUCCCGCCCAGAGUUCACCGCUGACGAUUCGCGGCGGUGCAUCCGCGAGCACGACCUCCGAGUCCGUGACGGGUGCGGCAGGGCCGAACCACCAAGUAACGCGACCACCGAUGAACGUGGGAUCGGCAGCCGGUUUGGCACACCAGAACCAGGCGGGACAAGUCGCCGCGACUGGGCCAGACGGCGUCAGCAGCAGCAACGGGGCUGCCGAGGCGCCAGCGGAGCUCGUCCGCGCCGGUGUACUGCGAUGGUCAAAACCCCUUCAAGCUGCGCGUAUGAACCGCAACACAGUGUCCCCGUCGCACGGGGCGACGGCUGCACGCUCCGCCCGUCGAACGCAGGAUGAGCUUCCGGCCUCGGAGCUGGAGGUGCUGAGGCCAAAUGAAUGGUGCGACGUGCGGGGGUUGACCGUGCUUGAGUGCUGUGGAGCAGCGGCAACGAACGCGCCUGCGACAGCGCGAGUUUUCGUGGUAGAUGGUGGCUACACAGUGCGCGUAGUCCAGGACAACUUGGUCGGCGACUGCAAGACGGACGAGUGUGUCCAGCGGUGCGCUGCUGCUAUGACUGCCGCUAGCGGGGCGAACGCACCCGACAAGGCCAGCGUCGCUGCAUCGCCGCCGCUUCCCUCCCUGCUGAUUGACACGGCUGCUACGCGCUUCAUCGAGGGUGGCGAAAACGCGAUUGCGAUAGUCAUGGACACGGUGGGUGACUUUUUGCAGCGACGGCGGGUUGCCGCGGCGGCGGCAGCCGUAAGUUUACAGGACAGCAUGCGUGGCAGAGGUGGCGCAUCACCUUCGUCUUCGCUCUCCUCUCUGGCGCCGUCGACUCACGCGGCAGCGUUCCCGACAGCGAGCGUGGCACGGGCAAUGUGCAUGCGCGUCGUCGAGACCUUUCGUUCCUUCAAGGGCACGCGAGCCAAGACACACCCGGACUGUGUGGCUGACUUGAAGGUGGCUGUUGCGCUGGUGCCGGUUAACCUGCAGCUGGACUCUCCGCCGACACCGAGGCCUACGUCGGCGCCGACAGCGCGCGCCGGUUCGCCUGCGGAGAUUUCUCCUUACGCCGGUGAGAAAGGCGUCGUCUACGACGUGAUCUACACCGCCUGCACUCGCGACACCUGCUGUCGCCCACUCGAAGUGGCCACGUCGCCGGUCUUCGGCGCAUGUCUGAAUGAGUGCCAGUGGCACGUGGUUGAGGACGAAUCGGACAUUGCUGUCGUCUUCGAGCUGGCGCAGAGCCUCGCUGAGGUCGCACGCGGGCGGCAGCAGCAACGCCAGUGCUUCUUGUACAUCCAAUUCCUCCAUCAGUGCUUCAUUCCGGAUGUGGCUGCCGCCCGCGGUGCGGGUGCGGCGACGUCACCGGUGUUGACGCAGCGGCGAGACAGUCGGCACAGCGAUAUCGUCGUCUCCUCCUUUACCAUCACCACCUCUCCCUAUUCAAGCGUGCUCGAGCCCAUUCUUGAUCAGCGCGCCGACACGCCGUGGCCACUUCUGCGUUACGCGCUGGGGAAAGGACCCUGCACCGUGCUGGCGGUCGUGAACGUGCACGAGGAGGACGAAGAAGCGGCAUACCCAUUGAGCAUUCUGCAGCGGCUAAAGUCAAUGCAGCACCCGCGACCGCGGUGCGGCAGCAUGCGCUCCUAUAUCGCUGAGCAGCGCAACAAGAUCUCAGACCACAAGUGGCGUUUGGCCAACAUAACAGAGUCUCGGUCAGAGACGCAGGCCACUAUCAAGCGGCUGACGGUGCUCAUCUCGAAGCUCGAGUGCUGCGCGAAGGAUGCCGAGGAUUUCUUGUCGGACCCCACGUCUGCUCACGUGCCAGUAUACGUAGACGCGCGAAAGGCAGUCCCUGAGGUCGGUGGUGCAGACCCACUUGUCCACACUUUCUCACCGACCAGGGAGGCGGCACCGACGUGCGAGGCGCCUCAAGUGCUGGCCCUGGUACAGCAUUACUCUCCAGUCACCGUCUUCGCCUCGUACUCCCCCAGAACCGUAUCAUCUGGGCCCAAGGAAACGACAGCGCGGUGGCUCGCCGCUCCGGCGCGAGCGUCGCCGAUGGACUCGACCGCACCACGCACGGUGUCGCUGACGGCGCAGCUGUCUUUAACACACUCCACUCGUGUCCAGGUAGACGAGAUCACCUCGCUUAGUGCGGCCAACACAUCGGAGCUGGACUGGGAGCGGUGCGCGACGUGGCGCCGCCUCGGCGAACGCUUUCGCAGCGGCUUCAAUGCCACCGUGGCCGUGGUUCAGGAGUCCGCCAGGGAGAACCGCGCGUGGUCGUUGCGGGUGAUACUCGAACUGGUCCACAGUGUGCUCAAGGACUCGUGGGGACGCGUCUCGAACAGGCCCGCCAAAGUUGGCGAUGAUGACCAGCCGUCGUUUUCCUCGCGUCAGGUGAUGCGCGUCGCCGCGUCCGUCUAUCACUGCAGCGACUCGGCUGUCGCCGAUCUGCUCCGCACCUCCAGUACGAGUCGCAUAGCCACUGGCGCCUCCGUCCUCGGCACGGUGUCCUUCGCACCGGCCAAGAUGGCCGUGCGGCCGCUCGCCGGCGCGUGCGCGCCAGUGAACGUGUCAAGCAAACUGAUCGCCUCGCCAGGGGAGUUGGAGAUGCUCUUGCGCGGGGCGGUCGAGCGCCUGCGUGCUGCGCAGGCUGCCGCAGAAGAUGCAGCGUCGCACGAUGGCGUGCAGGACGCACUCACACGGCAGUGCCUGCUCGCGCCGGGGUACACUGUCAUGAGCAUCGAGCUUACGCAGCAGGUGACAGGGGCUCGCCGCCGCUCUCACGCGAGCAUUGAUGCGGAGCACUUUUUCAACGACAGCGAGGAUGUGUACGUGAGCACUCUGACGGUUGUAAACCUUGGCGGCCACUACGCGUUGCUGUCGGAGGCAAUCAAGGCAGGCACCCCCGCGGGCGACAGGCACGAGGACGACCCUAUCGCACCUCAUGCGGGGAGAACGGCAGCGACGAUACCGGCAACCUCUAGUGGUGCGGAACCGUUGACAGCUAGGGCCCUGCUCGCGCGCCUCCUUGUGGACCGUCGCCACAUGGUCGUGUGCGCUGUGGUCUUGCCUGCUGUUCCGACGCCUGAGGCGGCGGAUCAGUUGCUGUGCACUGUGAGAGACUUCGUAAAACAUGUGGCGAGCCAAGCCGCAACGGGGGCGCCGUCGCUCGGCAGCGUGCGGCACUUCAUCGCACACCUGAGAGGUGUGCUGCGCGUAGCAGAGCACCGAAAAGGUGGUGUGAGCUACUCACUCAUUAGCAUCCGAGACGCGGUGAAGCGCGCCUUUGCCGUCUUGCGCGACCCGCGCAGCGUUGCCUUCACCUUCUACCCAUUUACGCAGGAGGAUGCGGAGGCACUGGCGCUGCCUGCGUCACCGCUGCGCGUCGACCGCGCUGCAGUUGAAUCCGCAUCUGUGAGGGAGUACGGGUCAUCAGAUGCCCUCACCAGUGGCACCGUGCCCACCAUCAGCGGCGGUGGCGGUCGCAGGACGCCGACGUUGUCGACGGCAGAGACGGAAAAUGAAAAACGGCGCGUGCCGCGUGCAGCCGCGCUGAGGGCGACGCCAACGAAAGCUACGCGCCCUAACAGUGGAGUGCACGGCGCCUUUGACUGCCGUGCCGUCGGCACCGCGAUGAGUGCGCGCACCGCGCUCCUAGGAAACGCGGCCACCUACUACGGAAUUUGCUAUGACUGCAAGGAGGAUCCUCUGCUGCUGUGCCGCGACGUGGCGAUGUUGCUAUGCCGAUCAGCGCCGCGGCGUCGGCUAUGCGCCCCCACCACCGCCACCCCGGCGACAACGACUGCGCGCACCAAGGUGCAGCACCCCAGUGACAUCAGGGAAGAGAAGGACGAGGACAAGCAGGUGACGGUGCCGAGUGUGGUGGUGCUCAAUGCGGCCACCACCAGCGCGCAUGUGUGUCGGCGCGGCACAUGGGUACGCGUCCCCGUCCCCUCCACGCUGCCUCCGGCGCCAGAUCAGCUACAGUACUUCUCAUUUGGCGCCGAUGAGCUGGUCCGCAUCAAGCCCACGUCGAUUGGCAUGAAGAGCUCACGACUAAUGCGAGCCGUGUCGUGUGUGUCGCGUGGGCGUACGGCAGCGUUGCUCCUAUCGGACACGGAGUCGUGUGAGGCGACGUCAUCGAUUGCGUGGUUGACGCUGCGCACCGUGAUAGGUGGCAUCUUCCAGUCGCUCAGUGUGAAGGAGGUGGAAGGGGUGCGGCACUGCGCGGCAAUGCGAGCCUUCCUGAUUGAGCAGGACAGCAAGGACGUGUUUGCCGACCUGCUGGCGCCGAACCUGACCCCCGCGCACCCCCGACAGCCGCUGACUCGACUCGAUUACUCACCCUUCUGCGGCCCCAUCCCGUCGGACACGACCGCCGUGCCUGUGAAAGAUUUGCAGGACGUUAACGUGGCGCUCACCUCUGUGCUGCUUGGUGCUCGCUUGGCCCAUGAGUCGACCACUUUAACGGCUGCGGAGCAGCUGCAGGGCUGCAUCGUUCUGCACCUCACGUUCCACCAGUACAUCCCGGCAACAGCCGGCGUCCUCGCCGACGUAGUGGUGUCGUCGCUGUGGUGUGUGCACAUGGGAUCCAGCGUCGGGUGGAUGGAGGCGUUGCACAAGGCACCGAGCACCGCCACCGGCGCGUUGCUGCGCUACUGGUUGGGGGGUCCCUGUUACACCACCGCCAUCGUUGGAUUUUCCCGAUAUGUGGGGGUCCGUGCAGCGACGUGGCGUGCCAUCAUCGACACCCAACGGCGUGUGAGCCUGGUUGUGCUGCGGAUGCCGCGCUUUGGCAGCGUCCGUGCGUACAUGGACUACCUCAGCGAGACUGUGGGAAGGUGCACGAAAAAGGCACCAGCGGCAGCGAAGUUGCGUGACCAGCUGGGAAGUGCUGUGACCGUCACGGGCGCUUCAAGCGCACUCGCCGCCUCGUCGCCGCGUCAGAAGUGGAAGUGCGACGGCUCAUCGCAGAUGAUGGCCGGCGUAGCGGACGCGGCGGCACGAGUGAUUGUGUUGCUAAGGGAGGCGCAGAACAUGAUUGACCGUAGUGGUGAUGACGGAAUCACUCCAACGAAGCAGCUAGGAUUACUGGCGCAUGACGAGAAAAUGUUUGCUGCCUUAGACGCGGUUUGA